AAAAAAAAAAAAAAAAAAAAAAAAAAAACAGAACCAAACGACAUAACCAAAUAACAAAAACUAGUCUAGGAUUUGAGCAUGCUGCCACUGGUUUUCUGUACCUUCCCUUUUCCUCCCUAUAAAUACUCCCCCAUACUUAUCCCUUUUUUCACCACCUACCCUCAUUCUUCACACCCAAAACUGGGAGUUUUGUAAAGAAAAAAAAGUAAAGUUUUCAAGAAUGAAUCUAUCAGGUUCUGAGUGCAGUUCUGGGUGCCAAUCUGGGUGGACAACUUACUUUGAUCAGAACUCAAAUUCUGAAGAUCAAUUCAACAGCAGAUUUCAUGGUGAAGAUCAUAGAGGGGGAAAGAUGGGGUUUUGCAGUGAGGAUGAGGACUUGUCUAUGGUCUCUGAUGCAUCCUCAGGGCCACCACAUUUUCGCGGUGGCGAAGAAGAAGAAGAAUAUUUGUAUAAAGGGAAGCAGAAAAGGAAAAGUACAGAGAUUUGGGGUGAUAAACAAGAAAGGUGUUAUCUUGAUGAUACUGCCAGUUCCCCUGCAUUGAGUUUCCCUUUUAAGGAAAACACAGCUUCCAUGGAGACUAAUGUUCCUGGUGUCUCUGAGAAACAUCUUAAGGGUAAAUCUGUUCUUGGGAAGCACUUUGGAUUCUUGAAAUCAUCUAAAAGUGGCAAAGCUGCUUCCCUCAAAUCUGGUGGUAUGAAGGGGAGAAAGUAGCAGAGAGAAAUGGCAAAGUUCAUGUUCUCUGUCUCUACUGCUGCACCUGCAGAUGAUGAAUAGAGAAAGAAGAUUUGUUAUUUGUUAUCUUUUUUUUUUUUGGGUGGGGGGUGGAUCAAUGAUCAUGAUGAUGGAUGUAAAUAGAAAAAAGGCAUCAGAUUUAUUAUUUGGAUCUUGUUUUUGAGUAACGAGGGAAACUCACAGUCACUGUUCGAGUGUAUCCUAGUCAGUAAAGGACAGAUAAAGUAGCUUAGGUUGCGGACUGGCUCAAAUCAAGAAGAUCAAUAGGCUGCUCGUUUCGGGAGAGUAGAAUUUGUAUGUGGAUCUUGUUUUUGAGUAACGAGGGAAACUCACACCCACUGUUCAAGCGUACCUUAGUCAGUAAAGGGCAGAUAAAGUAGCCUAGAUUGCGGACUGGCUCAAAUCAAGAAGAUCAAUGGACUGUUCGUUUCGGGGAGUAGAAUUUGUAUGUGGAUCUUGUUUUUAUCUACUCUCCUUUGAAUAUGUUAAUCCAUCUUUGUUAUUUGUUCCUGUCUAUGUAGUCGGAAACAACCUGAAAUAUAAGAAGAAAAUUUUUGUUUA